UGAACUGGGAGUUUGAACCAAUAAUCGGUUCAAUUCAAACAAAACAAAUAGACAUGGAAAAAUGUAGUUCAUCUACUUAGUUUUUUGAAAGUUAGAGACGAAAAAAUAAAUAAAUGGAAAACUCUUCUGCUACGUUAGUUUGUAGCUCUGACGUUGCGGCGUUUGUUGAUGCCUUGGAAACUCUGAAUUGCAACGAAACUGUUAGUACAUAUGGAGAAAAUAUCGUCAUUUGCAUCGCCGACCAAGACGGCUCCAUCGUUCCGACUCAUGCGCCAGUGCAGGAAACUGACACGGCUGUCACUGACAUAGAAGAUGCUUGUGCUGACUCUGGUGGUCAGUUCUUUAACCCUGUUACACGCAAGUUAAAGGCUGUCAUGCAGCAGCUUGUGGCUCAAAAUAAAGCCACGAUCAUAAAGAAGAGCUCUGUUCAUAACUCUAAAGGAAAUAAACAGUUUAAAAGUGAUGUUUGGAACUGGUUUGGGGAUGUCAGAUUAUUUAUUACUGAAAAUGAUGCUGAAAGGUUGAAGAUACCCUAUUACAUUAGAUUGAAUGGAAGUGAACAGCAAAUGAUAUGUAAAGUGUUUGUAGGUUGUUUUCGUUGCUCGGCUAUAUUUAUGUAUGAUUCUCAACACCACUCAACAUCCACUCUGCGUUAUCACAUAAGGGCAUGCACUAGGCUGAAAGAAUGCAUUUUUAUAUCUGAUGAUAAAAUGGAUGAUGAAAAUCAACUCAUACCAGGAAAUAAAACUCUCAUAGUCUCCCAAGAUGGAAUCACUACUAAAGUAAAGCGCUUCAGAACAGAUCCCCGCAAACAAAAGGAAGUUAUUGAGCAACUUUUCCAAAAACAGAAAGCGAUAAUCACUAAAAAAUCUUUCAUGAACAUGAAGGGUAACAGGCGGUUCAAAAGCGAUGUUUGGAAUUGGUUUGGUGACAUCAGGCUUCUGAUUAGCCGAAGUGAGGCAAAGAAACUGAAAAUUCCCUAUUACAUCAGAAGGUGUGGGGACGAACAAAUGGUAUUAUCUAAAGUUUUUGUCGGCUGCUUUAAAUGCUUGGCUUUAUUCAUACACGACUCUCAGAAAUCAACAUCCACACUUCGCUAUCACGUAAGAACUUGUUCUCGACCCAAAGAACGCAAGAAAAGAACCGUGCCAAAUAUUAUUUUUUUCCCAAGUAAUAAGAAAAGCAUAAAACUACCUUCUGCUACGGUUAACGAAAGCGACGUUAUUCCGGCUCACGAAAAGUUGCUAAAUUGUGCCCUCAGUACUGAGAGCUCAUUGAGCAUGAUUCAUGAGCCAGAAUUUCUCAAGAUUUUAGAAAUGUGUAUCAACAUUGGUCAGACAUAUGGUGAUGUCAAUAUUGGUAGUUUGUUAUGUGCCACACCCACUUUAACAAGCUUCAUUCUAAAUGACCUAUAUGUGUCUUCAGUUAACGAGUUUUACACCGAGUUUCAACAUUCCUAUGGCGCAACCUACAGGUUGAGUGUCUGGAUAGAUGAGCAAGUGAAAUUUCCUUUUGUGAGUGUUUAUUGUAGCUAUGUCAACUUAGCAGGUGAACUUAAAAACGUGAUUAUUCAUACUGACGACUUUGAUUAUGAGACGAAAACUCCCGAUUCUGUUCGAGCGUGGCUGAAUUUGUUUCUUGCCGACCAACCUGUCGUGCCAUUCAAGCGUUUAAUCGCGAUUGAUAAUGAAUCCAAUCUUGUACCAGUUUUCAAAGAAGAAACGUGUGUCAAGUGUUGCAUUCAAAACCUGACAAAAAUCCUACAGCAAACCUCUAGCAAAGGAUUUGCCAUCACCGACAGUGAGCUUCCUGACUUUACAAACUUGCUGAGCAGCUGUGUCGAUCUCGUGAACUAUUUCCAGCAAAUUUCCGACCAAUACGAACUUCCUGAAGAAUUGACCAAAUGUCCUGACAGCAAAUGGACCUCUCUUUUGUCCUUGUUCCGGUCUAUCGAAGAACAAUAUGAUUUUAUUCUUAGUGUUUUGAACGAGACUAAUUCUACUCACUUGUUAUCGGUUGAAAAAUCUACUAUUACAUCAAUAGUGAAAUUUUUUAAUAUUUUCGAAGAGGCUUUGUUGCAGUUAUCCAAUCAAAAUAAACCAACUCUAAACCUGGUUGUUCCUUGGAUUUCCAAGUUGCAGAAGCAUUGCUCUGUGGAUAUUCACGAUUUAUCAGUCUUAAAGCAACUAAAAAGCAACAUGCUUCUUGAAAUGGCCGAAGUUACCAGUAACAUGGUUGUGGAACACCACAUUGCAGCGAUGUUGGAUCCUCGGUUUAAGUCAAUGACUUUCGGUUUUUCUGCCCAGUAUAAGGAGGCACACACGAAACUAAGAAAUCUCAUCAAAGAAUCAAUGGUAUCACCAAAUGUUGAGGAUUUUGUGGAUGUUCGUAAAUCCUACUUGUCCUCUGGGAAAAUUUAUGAUCCGAGCAAAUGUGAGAAGGCUGCAACGCAGGAACUUGAUAAAUAUAUAUCUGAGCCGUUUCAGCUGCUCGGCUCGGAAGAGGAAAACCAAUUUGAGGUGUUGAAAUAUUGGAAAACACAUUCUGAGCUAUACCCAGACUUAAGUAAAAUAGCUCAAUGGAUAUUAUCAUGUCCUGCCAGUUGCGUUGAGGACAAUGAGGUAUUUUGGAGCAACAACUGGCAAGUUCACUGUCCCCGUCUCCCUCUCCCACCUGACAAUGUAAACAAAGUUUUAUUUGUAAAAUCUUUUCGUGGUUUAUAAAAAAUUACACCAUUAAGCUUCAUUGUCUCGCUAUUAAACAUAACUUUGAGAAUUUUAAUUUGGAUCAUGAAACCAUUUGAAACACAAUGCAUGCUAACUUUAUGAAUAUUAUACAAGGUGUCUUAAAUGAAACUGUUGGUAUUUAAGUGUUUGGUUCUUAUCUGCUAUAGGGAUUAUAAAGCCAAGGUUGCAAACACAUAGGAAGAAGGCCAGAUUCUGAUUUACAGGGAUCACCACCUACCGAUAAUACACUUAAGUUUCUCAAAUACGACAAUAUCAUGAUCAUUAACGAUAAUAAUACACUUAACCCUAGCAUCAAUUUUACCAUGGCCCCAAUUGGGUUCAAAAUUGGCUCAAUAUAGGUCCUAUAAGAACAUGCACCAGGGGACCAAUAUUGGGGUCUAGAUUUUUUAAUAUUGGACCUAUAUAGGAUCUAUAUUAGCCAAUAUAGAACCUACAUUGGCUAAAUAGUGAAUAUAAAAUAUCGGGUGGAGCUGGCAAUUCUAUAUAGGACUGUUAUUGGUUGUAAAGUGACUCUAAAAUAUUGGGAGAAUCAGAAAAUUCUAUAUAGGGCCAAUAUCGGAAACCUAACGGCUCUUUGAAAUUUUAUUUAGCCAAGAUUCAUGAAUAUAGGUCCAAUGAGAGCCCAAGUUAUUUUGCUGCUAGGGAAGUGUAUCAAAUUCGACAAUAUCAUGAUCAUUAACGAUAAUAAUACUCAUCAAAUUCGAUAAAUUCAUCAUUAUUAAUGAUCACAAUAUUGUAUUUGAUAAAUUGAGUAUAAUAUUGUGAUCAUUAUCGAGAACAUAUUAAAAAGAUUAAAUAUUAUAUGCAGCGAUAAUUACUGAAUACAAUAUUAUUAAAAAUUAAUCAAUGUUAGGAAGCUAAAUUUGAACAAUAUCACAAUUUUUCUUUCAGAUAUCUAUAUUCUUCAACAAUAAAUAUGUGAUACUAAAAUUCAUACUUAUCGAUUUUAGAGACUAAUGUUUGUUAAUUAUUAAUUUAAUUUAAUUUUGGAAUUUAAAUUUUAUUUUGAAGUUACCACUAACAGUCACAAUCAUGUCCCUGACUGGCCUAUUUGCGGGUGGUUAACAUGCAUCACCAGGCACCAUUAUUUGCCAACUGCUGCCUGAAUCUGUUUCGUUUUCAUUUAGACCUGCAGUCGAGGUGGACGUUACAAAGGCAAAAUAUGCUU